AUUCGGCCACAAAGUUUCUUACUUCCCUUCACAAUGUACCGUUUACUUGUACUCUGUUGCCUGUUGGCUGCUGCCCAAAGUGCUAGGUUUUUGCAAAAACCUAUGCUCGAUGGACGUAUUGUUGGUGGAGAAGAAAUCGAUAUCUCAGAAGCUCCCCAUCAAAUAUCCUUACAACGUUAUAGCAGCCACUCAUGUGGAGGUUCGUUGAUAAAGAAAAAUAUCGUUCUUACAGCGGCUCAUUGUACAAGUGGAGCAAGUGCUUCCUCGCUCAAAGUACGCAUUGGUUCAUCCUUGUAUGCCAGUGGUGGUGUUUUGGUUGCUGUUAAGAAAGUAACAAUUCAUCCCAAAUACAAUCCAUCAACCAUUGACUACGAUUUCUCAAUUUUGGAAUUGGACGACUACGAAUCGAAAGGAUUAGUUUCAGGUAAUGCUAAAUUGCCAAAAGCUGGACAAGAUGUUGCUGAUGGAACUCUAUUGAGAGUCACCGGAUGGGGUAACACUCAAAAUUCACAAGAAUCCCGUUCUCGUCUUCGUGGUGCUACAGUUCCAAAGGCUAAUCAAUCGAAAUGUAAUAGUUCGUAUUCUCGUUAUGGUGGUGUUACCGAUCGCAUGAUCUGUGCCGGUCUCGAACAAGGUGGUAAGGAUGCUUGUCAAGGAGAUUCUGGUGGUCCAUUGAUGGAGAAGAAUGUUUUGAUUGGUGUUGUUUCAUGGGGAUAUGGAUGUGCUGUACCAAACUAUCCAGGUGUUUAUUCGCGUGUUGCAUCUGUUCGCGAUUGGAUUAAGACAGUUAGCAGUGUUUAAUAUAAAAAAACAACAACAACAACAACAACAACAAAAUAUUAAAAUUGGUUGAAAUAAAAUAGUUUUGUGAAGCAA